AUUACACAACUCUCCAGGAUCAGCUGUUCGGUCACCUCAUUUUUGUUUUCCCUGUUUUUAUUUAUAACAAUUGCCCAUAUUAACACACCGCCAGCAUGGACACCAAGUAGGGAGCGCCAUGGAGACGCUGCCAUGUGCCAACCAGCUGCAGGAGCACCAGCAGCCGCAGCAGCAGCACGUGAAUCUCAGCAUAGAUCCUAGUCUGGGUGAGAAUGUGGUCAGCAUUCCCAAGGAGCUGAUCCUCAUUUCGCUGGUCUCCCAGGAGCAGUCGCUAUACAAUCCCAAGCAUCCCCACUACCGCAGCACCAAGAUCAAGGACGAGAAAUGGCUGGAGAUUGGCAGCAAUGUGGGUUGGUCCGACGUCCAGUGCAAGUCCAAGUGGAAGGCCAUGAGGGAUCAGUACUGCCGGGAGCUGAAGCGCGCCAAGGCCUGCUCAAAAGCAGUGAAGUGGAAGUAUUUCAAAGAGCUGGAUUUCCUGCGUCCAUAUGCGCUGGCAAGAAAUUACAGAGGGAGAUCUGGUCAGACUUCCAAUGGCGCCGUGGGUACGGUGACCCCCUUAUCGCUGCCCAUGACUACUUCCUUCAGCAGCAACAGCAGUAGCCAGAAUCUAAACCUUUCCGGCAGCAUUAAAAUUGAGGAUGCCAGUGCAUCCACGCUGCUCGACAGCUGCAGCUUCAGUUCGCCUAGUUCAACUGAUAAGAAGCCGGCAGCCACUUUCUUGGCAAGCCAUAUUGGAGCCGUGCUGCAGCAGCAGCAGCAGCAACAGCAGCAUCAGCAACAAAUGCACUCGCAGCCGGAAGCGAACUGGAACUAUCUGACGGAUGCGGGAGGCGGUGCUACUCCAUCAAUCAUAGUGCAGUGUGGAACCGCCAACACAACCACGGUGGUAGACACUCUCUACAACGAAAUAGUGGACUGCGUCAAUGCCGCCAAUCAGUCGAGCUCGGCAGCAACAAUCACGUCUAAUGUAUCCACCACUUCAGCAGCGCACAAUCAAUCGACGAACGCCGAGGAGGAGGACGACGAUCCCAUACACACAUUUCUCAACAUGGAGAGCUACUUCGAAAAGGAACUGAUCACGCUGAUCCAGCAGGAAGACAUGAUCUACAACUACGGCAACGAGAACUAUCGCAAUGCCAAGCUCAAGAUGGAGGUGUGGGAGGAAAUCGCCAGAAAACUAAAGAAGUCGGUGAAACAGUGUCGACUGAAGUGGAAGGCUUUAAGGGACCAAUACGCACGCGAACACAAGCGAUUGAGGACACUGAUGCACAUAGAUGCCACAUCGCGUUGGAAGCACUAUAAUUCGCUCAGUUUCCUUCAGAAGUACAUACAACAAAAGACGCUGGAAAGCGAUUCGCAACUCAGUAUGCUGCUACCCAAAAAUGACCCGGUGAGGGAACUCGAGGACCAUAUGACCCAGUCUCACUCACCGCCCACGCAGCAGAUCACCCUAGAGUCGUCUUCGUCGAAUUCCCAGCUUAACUUGCCCACCCUGCCUCAUUUGACGGGACCACACAAGGCUGAGCAACAACAACAACAGCAACAGCAGGAAGAGCAGCACCAACAGCAACAACAGCAUCAGCAGCAACAACAGCAACAGCAGGCAAGUGAACUCUGUGUGGCCACCUAUGACGACAUGGACAUCGAGAAUUACAUCAACGGAGAUGUACACCAUAAUGAUGAUGAUGUGGAAGACGAUGAGGAUGAGGAGAUGGAAACCACAACGGCGGCGGAACAACCUCCUCAGCAGCAGGAUCAGCAUGUAAUGACUUACGAUCACGAAGAUGGACCCGUUUACAUGGCUGUUCCAAGCGUUGGCAGUGCCAUGUCCAAGCAAGAGCAGCUCAGCGACGGGGCCACCAGCCUGGAAAAUCAGCAGCUUCAAUCAACUGCGGAGUUCCAGAAGAUCGAGAUACAGACUCCAACCACGCCUAGGUACCAGAAUGCUGCCACUACGCCAAGCUCUACUUCCACGUCUCGCUAUCACUCGGCGCCCAUUACGCCCAGCAAACCCACCCAUAUGGAGUAUCCCUCCAGCAAUGGCCACAACUCCGGAGAGGACGAUGAGAUAGGUGCGUUCUUCAAGGCUGUGUCCAUGAAGAUACGCAAUGCUCAGCUGGAGCCGGUGGCUUUUACCGAACUGCAAAUUGAUAUUCUGCGUGUCAUCAACGAGGCACUGAGGAAUCACUAGCGCUGCUGGUGACCUUUGGCUACCUGGAGAGGAGUAUGAUGCUUGAGUGGACCAUCAACGGUUUCAGGGCGACUCAUUCUAGACAUUAAGUGUUAUUUCAAAGUGUUUUUCUAAUUUCUAGACGAGUUGAUAUCUUUGUAAAUUUCUAUACCCGUUACUCGUAGAGUAAAAGGGUAUACUAGAUUCGUUGAAAAGUUUGUAACAAGCAGAAAUGUUUCCGACCAUAUAAAGUCUAUAUAUUUCUGGCCAUAUCCGGCCAUAUCCGUCUGUCCGUAUGCACGUCGAGAUCUCAGGAACUAUAAAAGCUAGAAGGUUAAGAUUCAGCAUACAUAUUCUGGAGGCAUAGACGCAGCGCAAGAUUGUUGACCCAUGUUGGCACGCUCUAAAACCGCCCAAACCUGCCAAGCCCACACUUUUCAAAAAUGUGUUGAUAUCAUUUCAUAAUUUUAUUAGUCGCUAAAAUUUCUAUCGAUUUGACAAACAACUUUUUGCCACGCCCAACGUCCUAAAAGCCGCCACACCGGUCACGCCCACAAUUUCUAAAUUUGUUCUCAUUUUAUUCGCGUUCGCAUUCACACUAGCUGAGUAACGGGUAUCUGAUAGUCGGGGAACUCGACUAUAGCAUUCUCUCUUGCUUUCUUUAAAAUUUCGGAACUUUUAAAAGCGAAAUUCGUUUGCUUAACCAGCGCGAGGGUGGAUCUUAAAAUGUUAUAUGUACAUAGACAAAAAUCCAAUAAUAGCGGAAGAAAAUAGUGUUUACUAGCUUAGGAUGCUUCCGGUGCUGACGCAACCGGAACUAAAAAUUCAAUUAAAUAUUUAAAUACUUGUAACCAAAUCGAUUGUAACCAAUUCGUACAAUGUCAAAGAAAAAAGAAAAUAUAUUUUUAGAGC